UCUCAACUCCCUCUCUUUCUUUCCACGGAGCCUCGGAGUGAGUGUGUUGGGCCGGACUGCGCGCGCUCCCAGCCCCCACAUACCUGCGCAGAGCAUCCACACCACAGACGCGUCUCCACUGACAGGACAGUCGCACUGCAGCAGCAAGCAGCGACAGACGAAAACAGAAAUAAACAUAAAGAGAUAGUUAGAUAAAGAAAAUACUUUCCACAACCAAGAGGACCCCAGUCAGUCCGCCCUGCAUCAGCUGAAAUGCUGCUCAAUAGAAUCCGACAUGUUCUUCCACUUCUCUGUGUAGUAUGUCCCCUCACUCUGGCCUUCCCCACCAAAACACCAUCACCACAUGAUGAUUUCCAUUCCCUCCAGGUGAACAUCCCCCACUCAGGCCCAGUUUCUGCUCUGCUGGGCAGCUCCAUCUCCAUCCCCUGCUUGGUGUCUCUCUCCUCCGCACCAACCACCGCUUCCUCUUCCCCCAUCCUACCGCGGGUUAAGUGGACUGUGGUGUCUGGUGGGGUGGAGACUCAGAUCCUGGUGGCGCGCGGUCAUAGAGUGAAGGUCAACGAGGCGUUCCGAGACCGUGCCUCACUGUUUAACUACACAUCGUCCCUCGAUGACCUGUCACUGGGGCUCAGAAAUGUGCGUUCCAGCGACUCGGGCCACUAUCGCUGCGAGGUGCAGCAGGGCUUGGAGGACGCCAGUGAUAUUGUACAACUCAAGGUCAAAGGUGUCGUGUUUCACUACAGAGAUGCGUUGGGUCGUUAUGAGUUCUCCUUCCAUCAGGCCCAAAGGGCUUGUGAGGCCAUUGGAGCAGAAAUGGCUACUGCUGACCAGCUGCUGGCAGCCUAUUAUGAUGGAUAUGAGCAGUGUGAUGCAGGCUGGCUGGCAGAUCAGUCUGUCAGGUACCCAAUUCAAACACCUCGUGAAGGUUGCUAUGGAGACAUGGAUGGACAACCGGGAGUGAGAAACUACGGAACAAUGGAUGUAGAUGAUCUUUUUGACGUGUAUUGUUAUGUGGAACAAAUUAAUGGAGAGGUGUUCCAUGACUCCACCCCACAGCACUUAUCAUUUGCUGAAGCACAGACGUACUGCAGAGCUACAGGGGCAGAGCUGGCUACAACAGCACAGCUGUACUUAGCGUGGAAUGAAGGUCUGGAUCGUUGCAGCCCCGGGUGGCUGUCUGAUGGCAGUGUGCGCUUCCCAAUCAUAACCCCCAGAGAGCGCUGUGGAGGCCCUCAGGCAGGCGUUAAAACAAUUUACCGCUUCGGCAACCAAACUGGAUUCCCAGAGCCGUCGAGCCUUCAUGAUGUAUAUUGUUUUAAAGAUAACAGGAAUGCUCCCACUGACUCACCUGUUGACUACGAAGCAACGGAGCCUGAAGACAUUGGACAAGAUGUUGUUAUUCUUACAGAAAAAGACCAAGAGCUGCAGCUGAACCAAUACGCAGAGCAAGUGGAGCGAGAGGCUCAAAGUCUGCUGGAAUCUUUUGCCUAUGUCUCACCUCUUUCCACUCAGAAAAAUCUGUCUGAUACUCAACCAACAAAUGUAUCAGACACAACAGAGUCUCCCCUCAACACCACAUCUACACUGGACCUCCUUCAGCCAUUUUAUGAAACUUCAUCCCCUACAGACAUGAGCUCUUACUCCAUGUACCCUUCAGAAGAACUGACAUACAGCACAGCCAGCAGCAGAGAAACCUACGAUGUCCCACAAAAUACAUCAUUACUUCCCAGUGUUUACAAUGAGACAGAUUCCCUCCUGGACUUCAACCUCACCUCUCACCAGUUUGAGCUUGAAAGAACAACUGAGGUUCCUGAAAUAUCAAAUGAACUGUACAGCCAUAACCAAACAGUUCCAGACUCAGACCCUGAAGAGCACAUAGAACCAUUAGAGACGCUGAAGGACUCCCAAGAAAUUCAAGAGACCUACCUGGAUGUUACCAGAUCACAAGCUAAUUACAGCGAAACAGACAACAACUCUACACGAGAAGAGGAAAAUGCUGUUGAGGCGAGUUCAGUAACCAGUGACAACAUGCUCCAGGUGAAGUUUGAGGAGGCAACAGUCACAGGACCUGGACUAAUGUCUCUAUCAACUCAGUCACCAAGUGAGGAAGACGAGUUUCAAACACAAACUACCAAAGCUGGCAAUGAAGACCUAACUACACCAUGGCUCUCUAUUGAUGGAUCUGGAGAUAUUUCUCAAGAGAGGGAUCUCGAUGCUGAAACCGUCAGUUUCACCACCUCGUCCGAUUCAUCCGCCUCUGGGUUUACCACUCAUCCAUCCCCCUCUGCUUCAGCUAGCAACGUACCUGUUGAACCUUGGACUGGAAUCCCACACCAGACGUCUUCGUCUGAUUCGCAAAGCACUGAGAAACAGGCCUUCAGCAUCGUCACCACGGCAGCACAAUUAUGGGAGUCUUCCAUUUCUAAACAGGAGGGAAGUACGAGCUUGGAAUCAGAAGACUCAGUCACAAUUGAUACUGAGGAAGAACAACUGCAUGUGACCAAGGCUGAAGACACCAGUUUUGCCACCACCAAGUCUUCAGAGAGGUCAAACAGUUCUCAGCUGCCUACUGAUUCUACCACAGCACUGUAUCGCACACCAGGGUCCAGAGGGUAUUGGGGUACUGCGACUAUUGCUUCUGAAGAGGCAAGUGGACAGGAACCUGGAACAGAUACAGUUACUGCAGUCUUCGGAAAAGACAACGAAGUUGCUCCAACUGAGGAAAUUAAAGUUUUUCCGACUGUUGAAGGUGAGGCUAAAGUUUCCUUUUCACUGGAACAGGGAGUUAAAGUUUCUCCAACUCCUGAAGAAGACAUCACAAUUACUCUAACCUUUGAAGGGGAAACAAAAAUUUUACCAACCUUGGAAGAAGAGGCUAAUGGCUCCUUUUCACUGGACGAGGAAGUUACACUUUCCCCAAUGCAUGAAAGAGAAUUAAAUGUUCACCCAACAACUGAAGAAAAAACAAAUUUUUCCACUGCUAUAAGAGAAGAAACGUACAUUGCCAGAACACUUGAAGAUGUUAAAGUCACGCCAGUUCUUAAAGGGACAACUGUUUCCCCUACUUCAAAAGAAGAAUAUAACAUUACUUCAACCAUUGAAGAUGAAGCUAAUGUUGUCCCAAUCCUUGAAAAGUUUGAUGUUGGAUCAACCAUUGAAGAAGAAGCAAAUGUUGUCCCAACCCCUGAACAACUUGAUGUUGGUCUAACAUCUGGAGAACAAGCUAAUGUUUCCCUACACUUAGAAGAGGAAGCGAAUUUUACCACAGUCCUUGGAGAAGAAUCUAAAAUUGCUUCAACCUCAGGGGAAAUUGUCAACUUUGCUCCUACAGUUGAGGAGGAUUUCACCAUCUAUCCUCUCGAUUCCCAAAGUUCUAACUGGGCUCUGGUGACCACCACAGCUGGACCCCAAGAAUCUGUCAAUGAUCUCGAGUACAGCAGAAGAACCACUUCCCCCUCCUCAACAGCAGCUUCACGUUCCUCCACAAGUACAAAGCCCACCAGAGCUACAACAGGAACGACGACCACCACCAUCACAACCACCAUGCAUUGGUCCAGACGCGCCUGGAGCCCGACCACAUCGACGCCCAGAAUUUUCCACAAGACAACAGGGCCUCAGAGGGUGACACACCACAAACCACCAGUGGAUCAGGGUCUGGUGGAUGUGGAGUUUAGUCCCACCCAGCCACCCACCCUGCUUAUCUUGCCCAAUGAGAGGGCAGCUGUAGGCAGUACAGGGAAAGCUUCAGACGCUUGUGUGGACAACCCUUGUCUCAAUGGAGGCACCUGCACAGACCGAGACGGGCAGAUUAAAUGUCUCUGUUUGCCGACAUAUGGAGGCACCUUCUGUCAGACUGACAUGGAGCGAUGUGAACCAGGCUGGGACAAGUUCCACGGUUUCUGUUACCGACACUUCGGCCAGCGUCUGAGCUGGGAGGUGGCAGAGCAGCACUGUCGCAUGCUGGGAGCUCACUUGGUGUCCGUCAUGACCCCAGAGGAACAGAGCUACAUUAACAGUAACUAUAAAGAAUACCAGUGGACCGGUCUGAACGAUAAGACUAUUGAGGAUGAUUUCCGCUGGUCUGAUGGGAACCCACUGCUCUAUGAGAACUGGUACAGAGGACAGCCAGACAGCUACUUCCUCUCUGGAGAAGACUGUGUGGUGAUGGUGUGGCACGAUGACGGACGCUGGAGUGACGUGCCCUGCAACUAUCAUCUGGCCUACACCUGCAAGAAAGGCACCUCCUCGUGUGGUCCACCACCAAAGGUCCGAAACACGUCCAUAUUUGGAAAAGCUCGACAGCGAUAUGAAACCAAUGCAGUUGUACGUUAUCACUGUGCCAAAGGUUUCCAGCAGAGACUCAGUCCUCUGAUCAGGUGUUUGCCUGGAGGCAUGUGGGAGAGGCCGCAAAUUAUGUGCACCCCUGAGGCUGGAGGUCCAACCCAGCAGCCCGAGCAGACGUCACCAACCCACAACCUUGCAGCGAUUCAAGACGAGUUUGAGGCUAAGGAAACUAAGAAGACACCACAGUACUGGGACAUCAAGUUUUAAGAGUCGGCUUUCCUUGUCUUGUUGUGUUUAACUCUGCUGCUGUGAGAUGACACAAGAACUGAGUGCUUUUACCAAUGACUGCUCAAACAGCACAGGACACACUGAACUCAACUUCCUCUUUUCCAAAGAACAUGAGUGCACUUAAAGGCUCUGAAUUCUUUUAAGGGGUACACUUUUUGCUAAAAAACAACAACAACCAACAUUUAUAUUUUACCAAGAAUUUAAAUGAUAAUGCAGUGACUGCCAGUAACAAUAAGACCAAGGUUAAAGUGAUGACCUUACGAGUCAUUCUCACAGUAAAUCUCUCUGCCAGCUUCAAAUCUACAUUAAUAACUGUACUCUUUGUGGUUUUUGAAGAAACUAUUUUUUUUAAAUGGUGCUAAUAUUUUCAGAUCUUUGUAGACACCAGAGAUGUUUUUUUCCAGUGUGAUGUAAAAGUGAGACACAUCACUGCUUUUCCAAUAAUCUGCAUCUCCAAAGCACAACGUCAGUAAAUACUGUACAUAUGUUAGCGUUCACACCUGUGAUUGCUGUCCGCAUUCUGAAACCUCUGAUUUUCCAGCCGACACAGUUUUGUUCGUCAGCUUUAUGUUGUAAUAAAGUUUUGUAGAACAAAGCAAAGAAUAAAUUGUUCUCUUCUUUUACCCUCA